AUGUUGGUAACUCACAGGGGCACCAAGGUCGAUAUUGGCCCAACCACGCAGCACCCCGCCGUGACGGUCGCCAUCAAAUCGCAUGGAGCUCAGCAACGAGCCAAAAUCUCAGCAACGACCGCCUCGAGUGCCUGCGACACAGCCAUACGGGACGAAGACGCGUUCGCAAAGCAAUACUUAGCCUCCCAGAGCUCUAUCUACUUCCGCAAGCGCAAAACCUACCCUCGAUCGUUCUUCUGGCGGGUUAUUGAAGACAGUACCUGUCUUGAACUCAGAGCUGUUGAUUUGACAAAGAGCUCACAGGACCAUCAUGAAUCGAACGUUACUAUUCGACUUGAGUUUGAGAAUGCCAUUGUACCGCAUGGCGUGGCUCUGGCGGACGUGGAGGGCCAUGAAUCACUCAGUGUUUUUGUUCUACUGAGAUCGAAGCAGCUGUACACAUUCACGAUGAGACCUGAAUACUUCCGGAAGCUAGAGUUGAUUGACGAGAACAUCAAUGAUUGGUGUAAGACGUGCAGCCCAGCGCCUCUGGGAUUCUCGUUUCCACACCGGUUGUAUGCUGCCUCGCCUUAUGAGCUGUUUAUUUCUCUUGACAGCGGAUCUCUUUUGCGUCUGACAAGGAAAGUCGGUGAUGAUGGAUCACAUUGGUUCCCUGUCACCUUUGAUGAAAAGAGCUGGAGCUUUUCUUUACGCGGACUCGUCAAGUGGAGCGGCGACCAGACAGUUCAAUAUGAUGGCAGAUCCCUGGACCCUAACACCCCCAAUGCGAUUGCAACAACCUCAGAUCAGGCGUUUGUCUUCGUGGUUGGGUUGAACCACUCCUUAAAAGUCUGGAACCUAGCAAGCCAAAAACUCGUUGGGUCAAAGGACUUGUUGAACCGGACAAGUCAAUCCCAGGAUACUACGCCCCUAGCUUUGAACCCAGAUGAGUCCGCAUUCAUUCGAGUCUUCACAGCGGAGAGGGCGUCAGAGGGCAGUAUGUACUAUGUUGUAACAUACUCACCUCAGGAUGAUGGGCAGUUUAAAUUCUGGGCUGUUGGGGGCGGGAUUACAGGCCAAUUGGUGAUAGAGGACCUUUUCCCAGAUUCAAAACUUCAGCCUGCAGAUCCAGACCCGUCUGGCAGCGUAUUUUGGAAUGUGGUUGAUUUCCAAAUCAAGUCAAUGGACGAAGGCAGAAAUAUGGCACUUUGGGUCCUCUGGAAAAGCCAUAACUCUUACCGACUUUAUAGCCUUCACUUUGAUUUAGUCGAUCUGGCCAAGGUGUGGAACACCAAUUGGACCAUGACAUCGUUUACAUUCCCCGGAAACAAUACGCCUCCAAGCCCCGUACGGUCAGAUACGACAGAUACCCAAGAGAGAUGGAUCGAGUACCUCUUUGCACCUGGAAGAUACUCACCUGAGAUUCUCCGGACUGCUUUGGCAAUCUACCAGGAUGCCAUGAAACUAAAGCACUCUCGCUCCUUAAGCAGUAACUCCACAUCAUCGUCACUACAGCAGGAUGUCUGCACAACAAUAACCCAAUCUGUCACCCUACGGCAGCUCCCAGAUACGGAAAUGGACUUUUCAAAGUACUACAGAGAUCUGGAAGCGAAGUGGCAGCAAUUCUGGCAAAUUGUUGAAGACAUUAACAAGAAAACACAAGAAGCCAUAAGCCUUGCCUAUGAUGCCUAUAAUGACCUUCCCUGGCUAAUAUUCAGCGGCGGGUCGGCUAUUAUUCGAGAAUGUGAUAGUACUGAGCUUAUGUUGCACAACGAUGGAGAAACUCUAGGCAAUGGUAUCGACGUUUUGGAAACUUGUUGGCCACAUAGAAAUAUACCUCGUGAACUAGGAGAGAAUCCUGGCCAAUCUGCAAGUCUUGCUAACCUCGCAAUGAGAUUCCGAAAACUUUUCCCAGCUCAACUUAACGAGUCAUGCCGGAUGGCGUUGGACAAUGAAAUUUUUGCCGAGCCUUCGCUUUCUGCCGCGGAGAGAGUUGAAGCUUUCCAAUCCAGCUGUGGGUUUCCAGAAUUCAUUACUGAAGAAUUGUUUGAAGCUGGCUGUGCAAACAUCGAGGAAACGAUUGGAUACAAAGGUCUCACGAACGAAACAUUUUUCUCUAUCAUUGAUACACUGCCUUUGAGUUUCCCAGGAAAGGAUUCUGAACUCCAGUCCACGGCAUUUGGACGCAACGCAAUAACCCACGGAGCCAGGGAGGUCCUAGUUCAAAGCAGACAAAUCAUCCAUGACUUAUUACUUUUUGCCGUGUUUGUCGAGACCGAAGUGAACCUAGAGGCGGAGAAUACUCAAUUUGACGGGCCGAUGAUUUUUAGCACAUUGAUUGACCUACUUAAGGAGUACGAAUUGAUGAUAUGGUUAGGGACAAAUAUACGACCCCGACAGAAAAAGAACCGAUCUGAUUCCACAAUUGUUCGAUUUGGUUCAAAAGGCUGUGAAUUCAACCACUGUACUACCGUCCUGGAAGAUCUAUUCGCAAUCCAUAUCAAGCCUCAGCCUGCUGCAUGUGUACCCCAGAUGUACGCGAUGACGCAGCAAAUUCAGGACGUCAUAUCUUGGGUUACGAGACAAGGGGAAGUGUCUCUUUCUAACAUCUUGGUGUUUAUCCAAUGUGAUCUUCUCGCUUCCGACAACAUCGAACUUGCAUCUGAUUUCCUUCGUUUCCAACCAAGUACCGCCUGGGCAACCUAUGUUAAGGGACGGCUAUACCUAGCUAAGUCCGAUUUUGACACAGCAGCAAUUUACUUCCAAAAGGCUGCCUACCUUCUUUCCUACGGAAAAGCUGUUGGGAAUCUUCAUGAGAUGUCCUCAAAUCUUCUCGAUAUAGUUUCCGUAGAUAACUUCUACAAUGGGCUUCCGAGAUACUUCCAACACAUCAUUAACCUUUUUGAGCUUUCUCGGGCCUUUAUUCAUGUCGCUGACUUCGCCAACCUUGCACUUCAGGCUCUUGGAUCCAGUCCAAAGAAAAACGAGACAGAUCUUGAACAUAAGAAUCUUCGAAGCGACUUGCUUUCCCGAUUAUUCCAUGCAUCUUUGAAAACAUGUCGAUUUGAUGAUGCCUAUUCAGCUCUCGCCAGAUAUACAGAUCUAGCAUUACAGAAAUCUGCGCUAACAUCUCUUACCACUACAAUCCUAACUGCCUAUGGACCAGGAACAGCAGGUCUACAAAAGGUUCUCCGCCUCCCUCUCUCCCUGACACCUCAUCUCUGCUCCCAUGUUGAUGAUGUUCUGGCAUCUCUUGCGAGCAAACAAUCACCCCUGGGACCUUCUAUUGGCCAAACGGUACCCUUGAGCAGUUGGCAGGGGACCCAAAAUCCACCAGAAUAUCAUCGUGUCCUAAAGGCUUACCGAAUCGCCCGCAAUGACAUCCGCGGGGCAGCAGAGGUCUCAUAUCAAAUUGUUAGCAAGCUCAGGGACCUCAGAGACCGUCCAACUGCCUCACAGGUGAAGUUCUUUGCGGCCGAAGAUGCUUCCAAUGAUCUGAACGAAGACGACAUUGAGAGCAGAGAAUUGCGAAACGAGCUUCUCUCCCUAAUCAACCUUCUCGCCUGUAUGGAGAAGAACGAAGCAUACAUUGUGGUCGAACAAUUUGAUCCAAACGCAAAUCGACCCGAUAGCAUGAAUUCAAUUCUCCAUCGACCAAGUAGCAGCAUUGACGAUCCAUUCACCUCCUCUACUUCUUCCCUUAAGAACCCGUUCUCACACGGUGCUGAUAACCGCAGUAUGAAUUCAUCUGAUUCACCUACUUUUCAGAAUCACAAUACGAGCCUGUCGCGGUCAUCGUCUGAGCUGAAGAUCAACCGUGCAAAACGCAUUGUCAUCACGCUUGAAGAUCUUCGCAAGGAGUAUCAGAGCGAGUUGGACCGAGUAAGCAGGAUUCGAAGCGGUGACUGGGAAUUUGGGGCAGUUGAAGAUUUGGAAAUGGCUGGUGUAUGA